UAAACCAACAUGGCUACUUCCAUCUGUGGUGCACGUGAACAAUACUCACUCUAGAAACAGAAGUAGAAAGUUACUAUUUGUGUAGGUGGUUGUAGAACUAAUAGACAGUAGUGAAAUUUUACAAUUACAAGACUUAACUUUGUCUUGUGUGUCUUGCAAUAUUUUCAAUUAUCGCCAUGGGGAAGCAACAUGCACGAAAGAAGAAAGGAAACAAGAAUUGGGGAGCUAAAAAGGCAAAUGCGGCGAGUGGUGGUGGAGGUGAUGCCGGCGAAGAUAAACAGCAGAACGAUUGGCGUGGGGCCAAUAACUACCAGGCUAUCGAAAGGAAAAAUGAAGCAUUUGAGGCCUACUACAAGGAACAGAACAUCGUACCAGAAGAAGAAUGGGAUAACUUUAUGUCAACACUCAAAGAGGAACUACCUGUUACAUUCCGUAUUACAGGUUACAGAAGCCAUGCACAGCAGAUGUUGACCUACUUGAAGGGUCAUUACAUUGGUGAGAUGAUGGAGCAGACUGUUGAGGAAGGAGACACCCUAGUUCAGCCCACAUCUAUGCCAUGGUACCCAGAGGAGCUGGCUUGGACGUUGAACCUGACGAGGAAAAAUAUCAGGAAGUCGCCGGCCUGCAAGAAACUCCACAAUUUUCUCAUCACGGAGACGGAAAGUGGUAAUAUCAGUCGUCAAGAGGCUGUCAGCAUGAUCCCACCUCUGCUACUAGAUGUGAAGCCUCACCACAAGGUGCUAGACAUGUGUGCUGCUCCAGGCUCCAAGACAGCUCAGCUCAUUGAGUUACUACAUGCUGACCAGGUCUACGGAUGGCCAGAGGGUUUUGUGGUUGCUAACGACGCAGACAACAAGCGCUGCUACAUCAUGGUGCACCAGGCUAAGAGACUGAACAGCCCUUGCUGCAUGAUCGUCAACCAUGACGCUUCUGUGUUCCCUACAAUCAGAGCAGCACUGGGUCAGGACCCCAAACCCAAGCCUGUUGUGUAUGACCGCAUCCUGUGUGAUGUGCCGUGUAGUGGUGAUGGUACCUUGAGGAAGAAUUUUCUCAUCUGGAAAAAGUGGACUCCCAACAGCGGACAGAACCUUCAUAUUGUGCAGUACCGGAUAUUACAGCGUGGAGCUGAGCUCCUUGAGGUUGGAGGUCGUAUGGUGUACUCCACCUGUUCCUUUAACCCCAUCGAGAACGAGGCCGUGGUUGCAAGUGUACUACAAAAAUGUGAAGGUUCUUUGGAGCUGGUUGAUGUUUCUGAUCAUCUACCUGGAUUGAAGAGAAUUCCUGGCUUGACAAAAUGGAAGGUGAUUGAUAAUGCGGGUGAAGCUUUUGGCUCGUAUGAAGACGUUCCAGAAAGCAAGAAGCAGAAGUUCAAGGCAACCAUGUGGCCCCCAACGGAGGAAGAGGCUAAUCGGUUAAACCUCCACAGAUGUGUACGCAUUCUACCUCAUCAACAAAACACUGGUGGUUUCUUCGUAGCCGUCCUGAGGAAAGUGGCCACCCUACCAUGGAUGAAACAAACCACGCCCCCUGAGGGGACAGAUGAAGCGAAAGUCGAACCGGAGGUACCGGCGGCCGGUGAAGCAUUAAAAGCCGAGCCUGAGGACUCACCCUACACUGUUAAGACAGAGGAUGGUGAACAGGAAAUCGCCACAGUAGUCAAGACAGAGGCAAGCGAGGACAUGGAAACAACGGUGAAAUCUGAACCGUCAGACGGAACGGAACCCAGCAAUGUUAAGAAAGAGGACGGUGAAACUGCAGUUGAGCCUGAAAUCGCCAUGGAGGCAAGUAAUGGGAAGGAAACGACAGUGAAAUCUGAACCAGAAGACGGAGCGUGCGAUGCUGAUGUUAAGAUGGAAACCAAUGAGGAUGAUGCUCUGGGUACCAGUGAGACGGCUGAGGAUGACGAGGGAUCAAGUGACCCUCUAACUGAGGAGGCUCUGGCGAGUAGUCCAACAGAGGCGGAAUUGGCACCCAGUACUGACGGACCACCACCACCUCCUCUACAGAAGAAGAAGUUCCAGGGCUAUAAGGAGGACCCAUUUGUCUUCUUCAAGAAGGAUGAAGCGAUUUGGGAGCAGAUCAAGUCAUUUUAUUCUGUAGAUGACAGCUUCCCAGUAACCCUUCUUUUGACUCGGUGCCACGGAGGAAAGAAGAGAAACUUAUACAUGGUGAAUAAAUCCAUCAAGUCUAUCCUGGAAAACAAUGAAGACAAAGUUAAGGUGGUUAAUGGUGGAGUUAAGGUGUGGAGCCGGAGCGAUGCCAAAGAAGUGGCAUGUGACUUCAGACUAGCUCAAGAAGGCAUCUACAGUGUGUUUUCAUUCCUCAAUGAUCGUAAGAUACCAAACAUCACAAAGGAGGACAUUCAAAUCUUGUUAACUCAGGAGAAUCCAUACUGCUCCAAGCUGGGGGAUAAUGCUAGGGAGGCUCUCGCAGAAAAGGGUCAGGGCAGUUUGGUGUUUGUGUACGACCCAAAGGAAAGUGAUCCUGAAAGCACUGACAUAUCAUUCGUCCUGGUUGGCUGGCGUGGCAAGCAUUCCGUCCGCUCAUACAUUCCCAAAGGUGAACGGCAACACAUCCUGCGCAUGUGCAACAUCGACAUCCCCACAGACAGUGUGGACCCUCCAUCAACUCCAAACAGCGACACACCGCAAGAUUCCAGUGAGGCCAAAGACGCCACUCCUAGUGAGACACCGGGUGAUACAGAGGGUGACAAACAGGGUGACAAACCUGCUGCAAAUGGUGGCCAGCCUGAUCCGCCCGGCGUAUCAAAGGGCGAUACAUCAUGGGUCACACCCGUUCUUGACAAGCCCAGUGCUGCGGUUAAAAGUCCGGUAAAGAGUCCGGCGAGGGAUGGUAGGGACACUGAGAGUCAGUCCCCACGCCGUGACAGACACCGUGAUAGAGACAGUGGGAGAAAGAGACAGAGAGAGAGUAGAUUUUCAAGCAGUGAUAGAGGUGACGAAGCACAGAGGAAACGAGACUUCUACUUCUACUAUUACUAACUCACAGUUCCACAUUGCAAGUCUGCAAGCUUUGAUCCAAAUUAAGACAUCUUACACCAGUUUUAGACAGGCGCGUCAGAGUCGCGCAAAACCAAAUAGAUUAGGAGCGACACUAGGGCGACCCAGAUUAGUGUACUUUCAUGUACUAUUACUCAAUUCAGAAUUUGGUUCAGCGCAACUCUGGAGGGCCUGUCUGAGACAGGUGUUAUUUCCCCGAAGUAAAUACUUCAUUGUUUCCUUUUUUAUGAAGUUGAAAUGCAUGAUCGCAUAAACAAAAGUGACCUUUUCGUUUGUGUUCACUCAAGGUUCAAUUGCAAUGACAAUCAGGAGAAAAAAUACAGUGAUACUUUUUCACUUAAUAGAUUUAAAGUUUUUUGAUCCAAAACGAAUGAGAAAGUGCAGAGGGAUCUUUUGAAGAAGCAGAACUUAUAGGCAAUGGUUUCUUUGUAACAUGCAUGUGGAUUGAGACAGAGAAAACUGAAGCAAAGUUCUUGGGUUGGAUUUCACAAAGAGUUAGGUUUCAUCUCAUUUCGAGUAAGGACGAGUUACUCAUCCUAACAAAGAACUAGCCUUAAGUUUUUAAUAUCCCCUAGGACUAUUCCCAAGUUAGGACUAGCUGAGACCACUCUGUCUGGAGUUCCAAUUGAUGUCUGGAAUGUUGCCAUGUCUUUUUGAAGAAUCGGUCUCGUAGCAAAGAUCUUUGGGCUUUGUGUCAAGACUUUUCAAGACCUUAACCUCAUAGGCAAUGGUUUCUUUGUAACAUGCAUGUGGAUCGUUCAAAAACACUUAUACAAAUAGCAAAUGGAACCCAAACUAAGGCCGUGUCCGAAACGAUGACUUCGGCUACAGCUACGGCUAGAUCGCGCGCGUCUGCCUAUUCUUCAA